GCGCUUACUGAGAGAGAGAAGAGAGAGAAAGCAGAAGACCAGAGAAAGAGAAGAAGAAGAAGAAAUGGAGCUGGGCGGCCUCCAGAGAUCUGCGACGUCUUACCGCCGCCAGGGAUCCUCCGGCCUCGUGUGGGACGACAAGCUCAUCGCCGAAUUCAGUCGCCAGGCCGACGCCGAAAGGGCUGAAAGAGCCGCCGCCGAAGCAGCCGCCUCCGCCGCGGGCGACGGCGAAGGAGGAGAUCCGUCGUCAGGGGCCCCCGAUGCCCUCACCGACACCACGAACCUCCAGGUCAAGACCGACGCGCCGCCGUCGGAGCCAGCCAAGAUGCGCCGCAGCCACUCCGCCGGCGGCCGCGCGUACCGGUCCGUGAAAGUCGCCUCGUCGCCGAUUCCCAACGUCGAUCCACCUUCCCCCAAGGUCUCCACCUGCUGUGGGAUCUUCGCGACGCCCAAGCCACCCACCGACGGCCGACGGCGCUGCGGCGGCAGGCAGCAGCCGCCUCGGAAGCAGAUGAAAAAGGCAAGUAAUCGCACUUGAAUUUUUUCCCCUGAAUCAUAGGUCCGAAUUUUGCCAAUAUGGGUUUACUCUUAGAUGAAGGGGGGAAUUCAAAAUCCGUUGCCGGGGGCGAUCUGUUGAACCACAAAGAAAGGAAUCCAUCGAAAAUGGGGGGAAAAUACACCAAAUUUCACGGCUUUAUUCUUCUCUUUCAUUUGGGUUUGUUUGUUCUUUUUCUGGGUUUGUAAAAAGUUUUCUUUUUACGGUGGGUUUGGAUUGGAUUAGCGAGUUUGUGGAUGUACAAAGAUGAUAGAUAUGUAGAACGAUGAAAGCAGCUGAUUUUCAAUUCGGAGGUUUCUGAAAGUUUCAUGUUUGCCAAUUUUAGUCCUCUGUUUUCUUCUUUUGGAUUGAGAACUCACAUGAUAAAGCAGCUGAUUUUCGAUUCGAGGGUUUUCGAAAAUCCCGGAUUCGAAUUCAAGCUGCGAUGUUCCACCAAUUUUAGUUCUCUGUUAUUCAUCUCUGGUUGAGUUAUAGAUUCAUGAGCUAUUUAAUCUUUAUGAUCAUCGAUCAUCGAUCUGAUUCAGAUUAUGAAUAUCCUAAUGAUGAUUCUUCGGUGAUUAAAUUUUGGUAAUCAAU